AAUGUAUAAGUUUAGAGCCAAUCUGGAUUACUGGGUAGAUCCAACGAGAAGAGUACUUUCUGGCAAAGUCAACUCAGAAAACAGGCAAAGAGAAACAUGUCCCAAGAAGAUCAAGACCAAGAAAUUGGUAAGCUCGCCAUCCGGCUAAGCAACGCCGUGAUUUUACCCAUGGUGUUAAAAUCAGCCCUGGAGUUAAACAUCAUUGACACAAUCUCAGCCGCUGGUGACGGCACGUUUCUAUCACCUCGCCAGAUCGCGAGUGGCCUUCCCACCAAGAAUCCUGAUGCACCAGUGCUACUAGAUCGAAUGCUACGCCUGUUGGCUAGCUAUUCCAUUCUUAAAUGCUCUGUAAGAACAAAUGAAAGUGGAGAAGUUGAAAGACUGUACAGUGCAGGCCCCCUUUGUAAGUUCCUCGUUAAGAAUCAAGAUGGAGGGUCGGUUGCUCCCCUGCUUUUGUUGCAUCAGGAUAAAGUCUUCAUGCAAAGCUGGUACCAUUUAAAUGAUGUUAUACUAGAAGGCGGGGUUCCUUUUGAAAGGGUAUAUGGAAUGACAGCAUUUGAGUAUCCAGGAACUGAUCAAAGGUUCAACAGGGUGUUUAACCAGGCAAUGUCAAAUCACACUACUUUGAUCAUGAAGAAGGUUCUUGAUGUUUACAAAGGGUUUGAUGGGGUGGAAGUGUUGGUUGAUGUGGCUGGUGGAAUUGGAGUUGCUCUAAGUAUUGUUACUUCUAAGUAUCCUCAUAUCAAGGCCAUCAAUUUUGAUCUGCCUCAUGUUUUGGCUGAUGCACCAACUUAUCCAGGUGUAGAGCAUGUUGGAGGAGAUAUGUUUGAAAGUGUUCCAAAAGGAGACGCCAUUUUCAUGAAGUGGAUACUCCAUGAUUGGAGUGAUGAGCAUUGCUUGAAGCUUCUCAAGAACUGUUGGGAAGCUCUCCCUAAUGGUGGCAAAGUAAUCAUUGUGGAAUCAAUCCUCCCUGAGGUUCCUGAUAGCAGUGUUCCUACCAACAUUGUCUACGAGCAAGAUCUAUUUAUGUUAGCUCAAAACCCUGGGGGCAAAGAGAGAACCCGAAAAGAAUAUGAAGCCUUGGCUUUAAGGACCGGUUUCUCUGGCUGUGAAGUCAUCUGUUGUGCUUAUAACAGCUGGGUCAUGGAGUUCCCCAAAGGAGACAAUUGUUGAUGUCCUGUUCAAAACUUCAAACUCUGGUUUUUCACAAUGUGUUGUUCUAUUGCUAAAUGUAUUUGACUCUAAUGAUCACGGUAAUCUUUAAAAUAUAUAUGGUUCAUUCUGAACGGAAUAAUUUCUUCUAUCCCUCCAAGAACAUUAAGAGUCAUGGCGGUGUUUAUUGUAUAAUGAUUGACAAUAUUCCUUCCUUCUUGAAGGUGGAUUUUCCUAGCUAAGGUGCACUUGGUGGACCAACAGACUAUUUCAAAAACGUUACUCAGAAUCUGCAAAACAAAUACAUCAAUUAUAAUCCGUUUGAUUUCAUGCCAGGGAUCAUACUAAGCGGUUGCCUUUGAUUGCAAUCCGUAAUUUCAUAAUAAAUACAUCUAUGUAUCUAUGAUCAUGGGAUUAUAAUUUGUUUUGAAUUCAUGCCAUGGAUC